AUAACAGGAGCGGACAUCUUCCCGGGAGCUGGGAGAGCUGAGAGCAGGGGCUGCGGCCAGCUGGGGGGGCUUCUCCAGGACUGCGGGGAGCAAAGCAGGGGCAGAAGGCUCAUAACUGCCGAGAUGGUGAAGAGGAAGAGCUCAGAGGGCCCGGAACAAGAAAGGCACCGAGGGAUCCCCCUUCCCAUACAGAUCUUCCUAUGGAGACAAACAAGUGCGUUUUUGAGACCAAAGCUUGGCAAGCAAUAUGAAGCUUCCUGUGUGUCUUUUGAGAGAGUUCUGGUUGAGAACAAGUUACAUGGCCUCUCUCCUGCACUAUCUGAAGCCAUCCAGAGCAUCUCCCGCUGGGAACUGGUCCAGGCUGCGCUCCCACAUGUGUUACACUGUACGGCCACCCUUCUGUCCAACAGAAACAAACUAGGACAUCAGGAUAAAUUAGGUGUUGCAGAAACAAAACUGCUUCAUACCCUUCACUGGAUGCUCCUGGAAGCUCCACAAGAUUGCACCUAUGAUAGAUUUGGUAGUGAUCGGAGCUCCAGCUGGGGUGGAGGCAGUAGUGCUUUUAUCAAUCAAGAAAAUCAAGCUUCUCCAGGACAGUCUAGGCCCAGUAACACCAAUGAGGAGGAUGAGAACACUCGAAGGAUAUUCUUACAGAACUCUAUGGCAACAGUGGAACUAUUUGUGUUCUUGUUUGCUCCUCUGGUACACAGGAUUAAGGAAUCAGACCUGACCUUUCGCUUGGCAAGUGGGCUGGUGAUCUGGCAGCCAAUGUGGGAACAUAGACAUCCUGAAGUUCCUGCGUUCACGGCACUAGUGAAACCUAUUCGCAACAUCAUAACAGCAAAACGAAGUUCACCGUGUAACAGUCAAAAUCAAGUACUGGAAUCUCCCAAGGUGGAUGUAAGACCCACACAGAAGGGUUUUGAUGUUGUGUCAGAAGUGUCUCAGCUAGACUCCAUCUCCCCUCGACCUACUGUUUCCAGCUGUCAGAGGGCCAACUCUUUUGAUGGAUGUACCACCUCCCAAGCACACGAGAGAGGUCCUAUCUUUCCAAGAGCAUCUUUGGUAAUCCCACCUUGCCAAAAAUCUCGUUAUGCCACUUAUUUUGAUGUGGCUGUCCUAAGAUGCCUUUUGCAGCCACACUGGUCAGAGGAGGGUACUCAGUGGUCCCUCAUGUAUUACCUGCACCGGCUCAGACACAUGUUAGAAGAGAAGCCAGAAAAAUCUCCAGAACCUGAUGAACCUCCACUUCCUCGACCACGUAGCAGCUCCAUGGUGGCAGCAGCCCCUUCUCUUGUGAACACUCACAAAACCCAGGAUCUAACUAAGUGUAAUGAAGAGGACAGAUCCUUAGGGACUGAACCCUAUGCCAAAGUCUCAUUGACAAACCUCCGACGUUCUGCAAUUCCUGACCUUUCCACAGAUAUCGGGAUCAACAUCUUCAAGAAGUUUAAAAGUCGUCGGGAGGAUAGGGAGCGUAAAGGUUCCAUCCCAUAUCAUCAUCAGGGAAAAAAGCGUCAGCGCAGAAUAGGGGUGCCUUUUCUACUGCACGAAGACCACUUGGAUGUAUCCCCGACUCGCAGCACGUUUUCCUUCGGGAGUUUUUCCGGCAUUGGAGAAGACAGACGCACUAUUGAAAAGGCGGGUUGGCAGACCACAAUACUAGGUAAAUUCACCAGACGUGGGAGUUCUGACACAGCCACAGAAAUGGAGAGCCUGAGUGCACGGCAUUCUCACUCCCAUCACACUUUACUGAGUGAUCUACCUGACCACUCGAACAGCCACGGAGAGAAUACUGUUAAAGAGGUAAGGUCCCAAAUCUCCACUAUAACAGUGGCUACUUUCAACACCACUUUGGCAUCUUUCAAUGUGGGCUAUGCUGACUUUUUCACCGAGCACAUGCGAAAACUGUGCAACCAAGUACCCAUCCCCGAACUGCCGCAUGAACCACUGGCUUGCGCCAAUCUUCCGCGAAGCUUGACCGACUCUUGCAUUAACUACAGCAGUCUGGAGGACAAUGAUCACAUCGAUGGAACCAACAACUUUGUGCACAAAAAUGGAAUGCUGGAUCUCUCGGUUGUACUUAAAGCUGUAUAUCUCGUCCUGAACCAUGACAUCAGUUCUCGAAUAUGUGAUGUGGCCUUGAAUAUCGUUGAUUGCUUGCUUCAGCUUGGAGUAGUUCCCUGUGUGGAGAAGAAGAGGAAGAAGAGUGAAAAUAAAGAGAAUGAAUCUUCCUCCUUGUCAGGAUCGGCAUCAGUUUCUGGGGAGAAGAGACAGAGCGAGGGGAACUUUCAGAUAAAAGGAGCAGCAAGGGGAUCAAGUUGUGGAUUCGGAGGAACAUCCAGUGGGGGAGCCAGUGGAGGGGGAGGUGGAGGGGAUGGUGGAAGUGGUGGAGAUGGAUAUUUUGACAAGAGUGACAAAAACAAUGACAAGGAUGAGAAUGUCCCAGUUACAACUCACAAGUUGGCUCUUACUAUGCUUAUCAAGCUGGUGAAAUCUCUGGGUUGUGCUUAUGGUUGCGGAGAAGGACACAGAGGGCUGUCUGGUGAUCGCUUAAGGAAUCAGGCCCAGAGCUGCCUUACUAAGCUUUAUAAACUGGAUAAGGUACAGUUCCGUCAGACUAUGAGAGAUUAUGUGAACAAGGAUUCUCUCAAUAACGUGGUGGACUUUCUGCAUGCUCUCCUUGGGUUCUGUAUGGAGCCUGUUACUGACAACAGAGCUGGGUUUGGAAACAAUUUUGCCACAAUGGACAACAAGUCUACAGCUCAGGGUGUGGAGGGAAUCAUCGUUAGUUCUAUGUUCAAGUCCCUGAUUACACGUUGUGCUUCAACUACUCAUGAACUUCACAGUGCAGAGAACUUAGGCCUGUACUGUGAUAUUCGACAGCUGGUACAGUUUAUUAAGGAGGCACAUGGGAAUGUUUUUCGAAGGGUGGCUCUUAGUGCCCUUCUGGACAGUGCAGAGAAGCUGACACCCGGGAAAAAAUCAGAUGAUGCGGAACAAGACCAUAGACCAUCAGGAAGCAAAAGACCAGAAGAAGGGAGUGCUCCUGAAAAGGGCCGUGUAUCCUAUGCGCCCGAGGAGUGCAGAAGCUACAUCUCUAGUCACCCCCCGCAGUCUCCAGAGCAUAAUGCAGAGAAUCUAAAUGUUCAUCCCGAUCUAUCUCGCAGUGAUGAGCAAAUGCAAGGCGCUGGGCUGGGACGCAAAGAUUUCUGGCGCAAAAUGUUUAAAUCCCAGAGUGCGGCCAGUGACACCAGCAGCCAAUCAGAACCAGACACUUCGGAAUGUACCACGGCUCACUCUGGCAACACCAAUGAAAGGAGGUCACGUUCCAGAUCACGCAGGAUCUCACUUCGUAAAAAGCUUAAAUUACCACUGGGUAAUUGGUUGAAACGUUCGUCUCUUUCUGGGCUGACUGAUGGGGUUGAAGAUUUUUUGGACAUCAGUUCGGUUGACAGACUCUCAUUCAUCAGACAGAGCUCCAAGGUGAAGUUUACCAGUGCUGUAAAGCUAUCUGAGGCCGGACCUGGAACAGGAUUGGACAGUGGAAGGGAUGAAGAAGAAAAUUUUUUCAAGCGUCUUGGUAAAUGGCGCUCAAGCAGAAGGAAUACAUCCAGGCUUCAUCACACAGAAGAAAAAGAUGGGUGUCACAGUUUUGAUGACCAUAUGACAUCCAAUCAGGAGGCUGGGAAAAGUAAAAAUGUAGUCAACUUGGGCGCCAUAAGGCAAGGAAUGAAACGUUUCCAGUUUCUACUCAACUGCUGUGAACCAGGGACCAUACCUGAUGCUUCGAUUCUGGCUGCAGCACUAGAUCUGGAAGCGCCUGUGGUGGCCAGGGCUGCCCUUUUCCUAGAAUGUGCUCGCUUUGUCCAUCGUUGUAACCGGGGAAAUUGGCCGGAAUGGAUGAAGGGACAUCAUGUCAAUAUUGCCAAAAAGGGUCUCUCCCGUGGUCGUUCCCCCAUUGUGGGUAAUAAACGCAACCAGAAAUUGCAAUGGAAUGCAGCCAAGCUCUUCUACCAGUGGGGAGACGUAAUAGGUGCUCGCCUUAAUGAGGUUUGUCACAGUGAAAGCGAAAGUCCAGCGAACCUGCUGGGUCUUAUCUAUGAUGAAGAAACCAAGAGGCGACUGAGGAAGGAGGAUGAGGAAGAAGACUUUUUAGAUGACAGUAAGGAGACUCCCUUUACUACAAGAAACCCUGCUUGUUCCGUAAACCCGACAAAAUGUGGCUGUCCGUUUGCAUUGAAGAUGUCUGCGUGUCAGUUACUUCUGGAAAUCACCACCUUCUUACGAGAGACGUUUCCUUGUCUGCCAAGACCCCGUGCCGAGCCUCUUGUGGACCUAGACACUUGCCGUCUACGCUUAGAUCCAGAGAUGGACCGCCAUAGGUAUGAGAGGAAGAUCAGUUUUGCUGGGAUCUUAGAUGAGAACGAAGAUUCGAAGGACUCUCUGCAUAGCAGCAGCCACACACUUAAAUCAGACACAGGGUGUGAGGAGAAGAAAGUUCCCAGCAGGAAGAUCAGGAUAGGAGGCUCCCGCCUGCUCCAGAUUAAAGGAACCCGCAGUUUCCGGGUGAAGAAAGGAGGCUCCCUGUCCAGCAUUCGCCGGGCCGGCAGCCUAAAGAGCACCAAACUAACACGACAGGACUCAGGGUCCGAGAAUGAGGACAUCCAACUGUCACAGAGCAGGGAUACUGUUACUGACAUAGGUAACCCAGAGGAGAGGAUCCAACGGGAAGGGAGCCCAUGGAGCACUAGUGAGCCAAGUAUUGAGCCAGAAGGAGGCAACAUUGGCACAGAAGAAAGCUACCAUCGCAACAUGUCUUGGCUGCAUGUAAUGAUCCUUUUAUGCAACCAGCAGAGCUUCAUUUGCACCCAUGUGGACUACUGCCACCCUCACUGCUACCUUCAUCACAGUCGCUCCUGUGCAAGAUUGGUCAGAGCCAUCAAACUACUCUAUGGAGAUACAGUAGAUUCUCUCAAAGAAGACAAUCUAGGUUGUAGCUCUGGUCUUAGGGGCAAAAAGGUGAAAGAGUGCUCCGAUAAAUCUUGUCUUCGAACGCCAUCUCUGAAGAAGAGAGUGACAGAGGCCAACUUAGAGGGCAAGAAAGACAGCGGGAUGCUGAAAUACAUAAGGCAGCAGGUUAUGAGCUUGUCUCCAGCUCCUCUGUCCUUGCUAAUAAAAGCAGCUCCAAUCCUAACCGAGGAGAUGUACGGAGACAUUCAGCCAGCUGCCUGGGAGCUUCUCCUGAGUGUUGAUGAACACAUGGCUGGAGCUGCAGCUGCCAUGUUCCUGCUGUGUGCCGUGAAGGUUCCGGAUGCAGUCUCAGAUAUGCUUACUUCUGAGUUCCAGCAUCCAGAAACAGUACAGAGACUCAAUGCUAUACUGAAGUUCCAUACUCUCUGGAGGUUCAGGUACCAGGUCUGGCCUCGGAUGGAGGAAGGUGCACAGCAGAUAUAUAAGAUCCCACCUCCAAGUAUUAACUUCACCUUACCAUCUCCUAUUCUGGGAAUGCCUUCGGUUCCGAUGUUUGACCCACCCUGGGUUCCUCAGAGCAGUGGAAGUGUCCAGGACCCAAUUAAUGAAGACCAAUCAAAAUCGUUUUCAGCGCGUGCAGUAUCUCGUUCUCACCAAAGAGCUGAGCACAUUCUCAAAAACCUUCAGCAAGAAGAGGAGAAGAAAAGGUUGGGAAGAGAGGCCAGUCUGAUAACAGCCAUCCCAGUCACCCAGGAGGCUUGCUAUGAACCAACCUGCUCCCCUAACUCUGAGCAAGAGGAAGAAGUAGAAGAAGCCACCAAUCUGAACUCUCGUCGCCUAUCAGUGAGUCCAUCUUGUACCUCCAGUACUUCACAUCGUAACUACUCCUUCCGCCGGGGGUCUGUAUGGUCCAUACGCUCUGCUGUGAGUGCAGAAGAUGAAGAACAUGCUACAGAACAUACUGCAAAUCACCAUGUGUCUCAGCCCCCCCAGCCCGUCUUUCCAGCAUGUAUCUGUGCUGCUGUACUGCCCAUUGUCCACCUUAUGGAGGAUGGAGAUGUUCGUGAAGAUGGUGUAGCAGUGAGUGCUGUCGCUCAGCAGGUUUUGUGGAAUUGCUUGAUUGAGGAUCCCUCCACUGUCCUCCGACACUUCCUGGAGAAACUCACCAUCAGUAAUAGACAAGAUGAGCUGAUAUACAUGUUGAGAAAGCUGCUUCUGAACAUUGGAGAUUUUCCUGCACAGACCUCACACAUUUUGUUCAACUAUCUGGUUGGCCUAAUCAUGUACUUUGUCCGCACUCCAUGUGAAUGGGGUAUGGAUGCCAUAUCAGCUACAUUGACUUUCUUAUGGGAAGUGGUUGGAUAUGUGGAGGGUCUGUUUUUCAAAGACCUAAAACAGACCAUGAAGAAGGAGCAGUGUGAAGUUAAACUAUUGGUAACAGCGUCAAUGCCCGGUACAAAGACUCUUGUGGUUCAUGGACAGAAUGAGUGUGAUAUCCCCACCCAGCUGCCAGUGCAUGAAGACACACAAUUUGAGGCUCUACUAAAGGAAUGUCUGGAGUUUUUCAAUAUAGCUGAUUCCCAGUCUGCCAAUUACUUUCUGAUGGACAAACGGUGGAAUCUGAUUCAUUACAACAAGACCUACGUGCGUGACAUUUAUCCAUUUAGAAGAUCUGUUUCACCGCAGCUAAACUUGAUCCACAUGCCACCUGAAAAAGGACAAGAACUGAUUCAAAAACAGGUCUUCACCCGGAAGUUGGAAGAAGUUGGACGAGUCCUCUUCCUAAUAUCAUUGACACAGAAGAUUCCUACUGCCCAUAAACAGUCCCAUGUGUCUAUGCUUCAAGAAGAUCUCCUACGCUUGCCCUCAUUCCCUCGAAGUGCCAUCGAUGCUGAGUUCUCGCUCUUCAAUGACCCACAAGCUGGGAAGGAAUUGUUCGGUCUGGACACCCUGCACAAGAGCCUUUGGAUAAAACUCCUGGAAGAGAUGUUCUUGGGAAUGCCCAGUGAAUAUCCCUGGGGAGAUGAGAUUAUGCUCUUUCUCAAUGUCUUCAAUGGAGCAUUGAUUCUACACCCAGAGGACAGCGCCCUCCUGAGGCAAUAUGCUGCUACUGUCAUUAACACCGCUGUUCACUUCAACCACCUUUUCUCUCUUAGUGGAUACCAGUGGAUACUUCCCACAAUGUUACAGGUUUACGCUGAUUAUGAAAGUAACCCUCAGCUGCGCCAAGCCAUUGAGUUUGCCUGCAGACAAUUUUAUAUACUUCACCGUAAACCGUUUGUGCUGCAGCUGUUUGCCAGUGUUGCACCUCUUCUAGAUCUCCCGGAUGGAGUGAGCAGCACCUCGUCCAGUAAGGGGGUAUCUUCCCAGUGCCUUUUUGACCUUCUCCAGUCCUUGGAAGGAGACACCGCUGACAUCCUGGACAUUUUAGAGCUGGUGAAAGCUGAACGCCCUCUAAAAUCUUUAGAUUUCUGCUAUGGAAAUGAAGAUAUGGCUUUCUCCAUCAGCGAGUGUAUCAAGCUCUGUGUGACAGUCGUAGCAUAUGCUCCAGAAUCUUUCAGAAGCCUGCAGAUGCUGAUGGUGCUGGAAGCACUGGUCCCCUGUUACCUGCAGAAGUUGAAGCAUCAGACAUCUCAGCUGGAAACGGUGUCUGCUGCCCGUGAGGAAAUCGCUGCUACAGCUGCUUUGGCUACCUCCCUCCAGGCCUUGUUAUACAGUGUAGAGGCGCUGACAAGGCCCAUGACUGCUCCACAGAUGAGCAGAGGAGACCAGGGUCAUAAAGGAGCAACAACAUCCAAUCACACCAUGUCUGCUGGGGUUAACCUCAGAGAUAAUCUUCACUUGCUGGAAGAAGGGCAGGGUCUACCUAGGGAAGAGCUUGAUGAAAGGAUUGCAAGAGAAGAAUUCCGAAGACCUCGAGAGUCUCUACUCAACAUCUGCACAGAGUUCUACAAGCACUGUGGCCCCAGACUAAAGAUUCUACAGAACCUGGCUGGAGAGCCCAGAGUUACUUCUCUUGAACUCUUGGAUGUAAAAUCACACAUGAGGUUGGCAGAAAUUGCCCAUUCGCUUCUAAAACUGGCACCUUAUGAUACACAGACCAUGGAGAGCAAGGGACUGAAGCGAUAUAUUAUGGAGAUGUUGCCUAUAACAGACUGGACAGCAGAGGCAGUGAGGCCAGCCCUCAUUCUCAUUCUAAAGAGACUGGAUCGUAUGUUCAAUAAAAUUCACAAAAUGCCAACUUUAAGGCGACAGGUUGAGUGGGAACCUGCUAGCAAUUUGAUAGAAGGGGUUUGUUUGACACUUCAGAGGCAGCCUAUCAUAUCCUUCCUGCCUCACCUUAGGUCAUUGAUCAAUGUUUGUGUCAACCUGGUAAUGGGUGUGGUGGGACCAUCUAGCGUUGCAGAUGGCUUACCUCUUCUUCACCUCAGUCCAUACCUCUCCCCACCUCUCCCCUUCAGCACAGCUGUCGUUAGGCUUGUGGCACUACAGAUUCAGGCGUUGAAAGAAGACUUCCCGCUUAGUCAUGUGAUUUCACCAUUUACUAACCAAGAGAGGCGAGAGGGAAUGCUACUGAAUCUUCUGAUUCCUUUUGUGCUCACUGUGGGAUCAGGAAGCAAAGAUAGUCCUUGGCUAGAGCAGCCGGAGGUGUUUCUUCUACUUCAGACUGUCAUAAAUAUCCUACUGCCACCGAGGAUCAUCAGCACUUCCCGCAGCAAGAAUUUCAUGUUAGAGAGUUCUCCUGCCCACUGCUCGACCCCAGGGGAUGCUGGGAAAGAUCUCCGCAGAGAAGGACUGGCUGAGUCUACCAGCCAGGCUGCUUAUCUUGCCUUGAAAGUCAUCCUGGUGUGUUUCGAGAGGCAGUUGGGAAGCCAGUGGUACAGGUUGAGCCUCCAGGUCAAGGAGAUGGCCCUGAGGAAAGUUGGGGGAUUGGCGCUGUGGGACUUCCUGGACUUCAUUGUGAGAACGCGUAUCCCAAUAUUUAUACUGCUGAGACCUUUCAUACAAUGCAAGCUAUUGGCACAGCCAGCAGAGACUCAGGACGAGCUAAGUGCCCGGCAACACAUUGCAGAUCAGCUGGAACGUCGCUUCAUUCCAAGACCUCUGUGUAAGAGCUCACUCAUCAAUGAAUUCAACAGUGAACUAAAAAUUCUGAAGGAAGCCGUGCACAGUGGAUCAGCAUACCAAGGAAAAACCUCGAUCAGCACAGUGGGAACUUCUACCUCUGCUUACCGUCUGAGUCUAGCCACAAUGUCCCGCUCCAACACAGGCACAGGGACUGUCUGGGAACAGGACAGUGAGCAUUCUCAGCAAGCCUCGCAGGACACGCUAAGUCGCACAGAUGAGGAAGAAGAAGAAAAUGACUCUGUGAGCAUGCCCAGUGUGGUAAGUGAACAAGACGCGUACCUGCUGAGUGCCAUUGGGAGAAGACGUUUCUCCAGUCACACAUCUUGCAUAUCUGUCCCUCAGGCUGAGGGUGGCCUGCUUCCCAGCCAAAGCGAACCUAAUGUUCUUGACGACUCCCAUGGGCGUGAUGGCGAGAUGAGCCUGUCUAGGGUAGCAAGUGUCCAGAGUGAACCAGGCCAUCAGAACCUUCUAAUUCAGCAACCUCUGGGUCGGAAACGGGGCCUAAGGCAGGGGACUUUCUCUCCUUCUCACCUGGUUCAGCUCCGAAGACCAUUGCUCUCACGUCAAAAAACUCAAACUGAACCAAGAAGUCGGCAUGGGGCAAGGCUUUCGACCACUCGUAGGAGUAUACAGCCAAAGACCAAGCAACUAGUGGAUCAGAAGCGAUCAGUAACCUUUACUGAGACACAGCCAUCUACUUCUCAUGCCGAUGUCCCUUCUGUAGCUACACGUUCCGGCUGUAGCCCGGCUCCAUCCAGCAAACAGGUGUCUGCAGAAAGCCCUGUACUCACCUCCUCUCCAUCCAUCACCGUGGCUGAUCUGCACAGCCAAAAUGACAGCCAGAGAGGGGGCCACUUCCUGGGGAAGGAGGACAUUGAGCCCAGCAGGUCAAUGGUGGCCCCACUUUUGCAUAGAUCUCCAUCCUCCCAUCUUUCAGACACUGAUGACUUUGGUGGCCUGGAAACCAGUAGCUUGCUCCAGUAUGGAGACACAGUCCUACACAUCACUGAAGACACUGGGACAGAGAAUCCUCUUGUCUCUGGACACUUUAACUUCUCCCACAUUGAGUUGGGGGAGACAGAUGUGGACCUCGAUGAGUCCCAUGUGUAAACCUGAUAUUUCAUCCACUCAGUACCCUCACUCUGAUUUAGCGGUGUACCUCACUCUUGUUAAAAAGCUAACUCCUUGUGAUGGCACGUGCCCUAAACACGUAGAGCACUUCCUAUCCUUUUGUUGUGUUUCUGUUUUGUUUACUCUUGAGAGAAGGUGCUCCUUUGACCUUGUCGCUGUGCUUUCGGGUGUGUGCACAGUUUAAGUGUGUUGUUAAGGGGCUACCUCCUGUGUAAGUAAAACAACAACAACUGUGGUCAGUGUUAAUGUGCUAUAUCAAAGUGAAUUGUAUUACGUAUGCAUCUUGCUUCCAGCUUUAACAUAUCUCAGGCUUAGGAAAUAAAAUAGAACUCUGAGAGACUAGCGUGGAAAACAUCACUGCCACAAAGAGAUAGAUAAUGAAUGUCACUCCAGUUGCUCUGGACUGUAAUGAGCAUGUGCGUACAAAAGAAAGAAAAGGAAAUCAUCGCAGACCAUAGCACACUCAUUAAAAAUAGCGAAAAAUCUCAUUUUUAAUCUUCAUAAUACCAUAACAUAGAGUGGAAGGCACAUAACGUGGAGACUCGACAGCCUACAUGUUUCGUGUCACGAGAAACUUUCUCUUGAUAAGAGUCUUAUGACAUGACACGAGUAGACUGCCAAGUUUUCAUCAUGUGUACCUUUCCGUGUAUGUUGAGGGUUUUAAAAAGAUUCAGAAUUAAAAUACUUUGCUCUGUUGAACGAGCAGUGGAGUCUGCGAUGAUCGACUUCUCUUUUUUUUGCACAUGUAGCGCUUCAGUGGACUGACGAUCCUAGGUUUGAAAUCAAGGUGGGGGCUACAACUAGUUUUUACUCAUGCCGUAAUGGCGCUGCUGCAGUUAUAUGAAUUAUAGCACACCUUCAUGUAAGGAAGGUACCUUUUCCUUGCUUUUUCCUUAAAUAUAAAGUGAGCAUAUAUUUCUUAGUUGGCCGGACACAGCAUGAAGCGAGCUGUGAUCCACAGCAGCUGAAAUGCUUGUCCUUAAUCUGCUGCCUCUGUUUAUGGACCUGGGGCUGCCCCUGUUACUGUGAGUUUAGAAAUCAAUGCUGCUUUCAAGUUUGUUUGAAUACAAAUGAUGUGUGUUCCCCUGGCUCACUGUAUUGUUUUUACCAUAUCACUGUGUUUUUUUCGUGUGUUUCCUCUUUUUAUCUAUGAAGACUUUUUAAUAUUGUUUGUAACAGUAAACUGUAAGUGUCUGUUUUAUUUAUUGUAUGUAAUGUGUUGCAGGUCCAACUGAAAGCAAAGGACACAACAAAUUACACAAAAUGUUUGGAUUGUAAAUGGCUCUUUCUGCUUUUAGUUGGGUUUGCUGCUGUUUUAUGUGUUUGUUCCAAAUGUCAGUUUAUAACUUGGUUAAAGAACCAGAGAAAGCAAGUUAGUAUAGGAAGGGUGCGUGUGCACUUACGGUAAUUGUUUUCAGAGCUGCUCCAAUGAAGACCAACAUUGAAGACCAACAACUAUAUGUUUGGUUUUGGAGUUUUAUUUUUGACUUGCAAUUUGAUAACUGACCACUGGGGUUGUUUAGACUAAAAGGGUCUUUAAGCAGUAUUUGUUUUAUUCUGUAUGGAUCUUUUCUUUAAUCCUUUUAUGGGCUCUGACCAUUUUGGUGAGUGCUACUACAUCUUGAACAGGAGUGGUCAGUGACCAUUUUGGUCUAGUCUGGUCUGGGUGUGCCAAAAAUGUUUCCAGCUGCUAUGUUAUUUCUUGGCUAAGUGACUGGGCUAUCCUCUCGGAUUAAAAGCUGUCCGCUUACCCCUGUUAAAGAGAGGUAUGUGACAUUAUGUUUGGAAAGAGUCAAAUAGUCUACAGUAGGAAGACCAUCAAUUUAGAGGAUGUAGGAGCAGGUGAUAUGAAGACAUAGGUCAACAGGUGGACAGCUACAAACAGUGUAGCUGGUAUUACAUUCUUCAGUGAAAAUGAUCCCUGUAAUGUGAGUAGAUCUUGCUGAUUUCACAAAAAUGAAUACACAUUUAAUAAGGUUCUGUUUAAAGAGUUACUCCAACCAUCAUGGGGUGGAGUGGUUAUGAUGAUGCCACAAUGAUAAUGUACAUUUUAUCAUGUUUUGACCUUUCUCUCAUUCUGUGUAAAGCACACACUGUGGUUCUACAUUGCACAGCACUAAAUAAUGAGGUUUGUCACAUAAGAAACUUACAAAAAGCAGAUCUUUUACAUGUUAUAGGAAAUUCCUUUAUUUGUGAUUUUGAAAGAAGAACUUGCUAACCUUUGGAACUUGGAAUAUACUCUUGUUGCCUACUGUACAAUAAAAAUAAAAUAUAUUUGCCGAACAUGGGUAGCAGGAUUUAAUAAAUGUUCAUAGUUAAACAAUUUAGUUGGGCCAUUUUUAAAAUUCUGCUGUUUUGUGAGUUCACAAAGUGUUCUGUUAAAUCACGACCGUAGGAUGACUUAAAUUCCACAUUGAAGAUACAUUGUCAUAUGUAUUUAAAGUUCACUUUUUAAACCUAUAUCCAAAGUUUAAUUUGACAAAUCUAAUAUAUCAAAUUAUAUAAGUGAAGAUUAGUUUUAACCAUGCUUAAUUUUUCCUGCCAUCAUUGUUCACACAGUUGGAGUUGUGUGAUUAUAUAUUAGUUUAUUACUAAAACAAGCCUGUAAAAUGACACUACGGCUGCUAUUUAAGUUUACCAAACUUUGUAGAAGGCAUUAUUUUAUUAAUAUAAGGAUGUAUACAUGGGGAAAAAAAAUACCCCGCCACAGCCUUCCUCCCAUAUGAGAAUAUAUGGUUUACUUUGAGGUCCAUUGUUGAGCUUUUCUGGUCUGCACCUUCGCCGAGUUCAUAUUCAUGUUCUGAGUUGACGUUCUCUGUUAGUGUCAGAGCUUUACCACUGCAACAAUUCCAUAAUAGCAGUGAUAGUGCAGACCAAAAGGUCUCUGGGUCCAUCCCCAUGCAGUGGGUGCACUGGGCUCGUGGGGGAGAUCUUUGAUCUCUCUCAAUGGCUCAUGAAGGGACACAGGAUCAUCUGCAUGGACCAUCCGUGGUACCCUAUGGCAGUCAACUCUGCAGCCUUAAGGUAGCGCCAGCCCUGUUGAUGUCCCCCGGUGCGGUCCUCAACCCUGCACUUCCUACUAUUAAUAGAAAUUGUGGGAAACUGAUUAUGUAAUUUGGGUGCAGGCAAGCUUCCACUCUUUCUCUCCUUAUAUCCAUAUAGUCGAGGAGAAAGACAAGCAUCAGCUAAGUAUAUCCAAUAUUGUAAGCAAAGUGUGUAGAAUAAAAUAUAAACCUAUCUAAUAAAUAGUUUACAGUGAUUGGCUCACUUGAGUUAGAACUUCAAGGGUUUCUUAUAAUAUAGGUAUGAUUCCAGGUUCCAAUUGUUUAACAAGUGAAGAAGAUUCAACCAUUUCAGGGAUAUUUACAAAAAUUGAGACUUUCCAAGAAUUCAAAGUGCAUUUCGAAUUUAAGGCCAAAGUAACUGAACUGGGAAAAAUUCAACUAUGCUUCCACUUCAGCUAUAUUGGCCUUAAUUGUAAAGUUCCCUUUGAAUUAACUUUAAGUUAUGACAAUUCUCAGUUUAGUAAAUCACCCUGUAGGUGUUCAAACAAAGCUAGUCAUUAAAAUAUUUGAUUUCCACCAAAUCAAGUGACAACACCCACCAAUGUGUAGAAGAAUAAAACAGCUGACAGAGCUCCAGGAAGUUGGAUAGCCAGUAUGGUCGUACUAUCUGAUACUUGAAAUGUUACUGAAAGAUUUAACAAACAUGGGUUAAAAUGUUUGGCUGUCUAUUGCCAAUUAAAUAGAAAUAUAUAUGUAUGUGUGUGAGCGCUCAUGUUACUGAAAUAUCACGAGUUGUGUCAAAACAUACGAGAUGCUUUA